UAGCGUAGUAAACAGUGACCCUCGGGGAUGAAAGCUGCUCUUGCUCUUUAGAAAAUGGUUUCUGUGAACAAGGAAGAAGGGCUACUUUACUCUAGAUCGAAUGCGACUGGAGAUUUUUCUUUCACAGCUCUAAAGGGAGGGAAGUCAACAGUCAAGAGAGGGUCUCAAUCAACAAGAAAGUCAUGAAAGAGAGAAGAUGGUGCUAUUCCCUUAGCUAGCUUUGACCAGGAAGAAUGAAUUUUCUCUAGAACCCUUGGUUGGGCUAGGAUCCCGAUAAAGGAGAAUGUUCAAAGCGAGACGUUUUUCGAUAAGAGAACAGGUUUUUUCGGAUAAGCUGUUGCCGCUCUUCUGUUAGAGCUCUUUAGUCCCAUCCCUACCAAAGAAAAGAAGAUCUCCCCGGAGCGAGUGACUCAAAGAAAGAAGGCCCAGGGCCCGCCCCCUUUGAGGUGGGUCUUCACUUAUCCGAUUUAGAGCGAAGAAAAGAACUUUAUAGGCGCUCGCUCGUUCCUUCGAUCGGUAAAAACCUACCCGUCGAAUCAAUAGAUCGCAUGAUCAAUGCCCAACUCUUGAUAGAAAAGAGAGUGGAAGCCGCUUUAGUUGAGGAUGGCGUCUCCCCCCUAAACAUAAUUUCCAAACGAAAUGAAAUCCGAGGGAUUAUCUUUUAUCCUCAAGGGGAGACCCUUUCUCUACACACGUACCAGUACUACGUGACUAGUCUGGAAGAAACUGGUACGCGCUCGACUAUUCCUUAUAAGAGGAUAAUACGGGAAGUUACAAGGGCUAACCUCUUCCUAUAGGAGCUUCUUUCUUUUUUUUUCCGGUAUGCCGCUCCGCGAGCAAGGAGCGCCACGCACGAGCGGAGCGAAAACAAAGCAAGAGGAAUUCUUCGUUGGGGGAAAUCCUUUGAUUGCAUAUUGAAUAUAGAUCUAUGUCUUUCUUGUUCUACUAGCUAGGACGAAAUUCUCACAUGUCCCUUUCGUUAUUACAACCUUCUUUUUUGAUGUCAAAGACCAGAAGCUACGCGCAAAUUCUCAUUGGAUCUCGGUUGUUCUUAACAGCGAUGGCUAUUCAUUUAAGUCUUCGGGUAGCACCACUAGAUCUUCAACAAGGUGGAAAUUCUCGUAUUCCAUAUGUACAUGUUCCUGCGGCUCGGAUGAGUAUUCUUCUUUAUAUCGCUACGGCUAUAAACACUUUCUUGUUCCUAUUAACAAAACAUCCCCUUUUUCUUCGCUCUUCCGGAACCGGUAUAGAAAUGGGUGCUUUUUUUACGUUGUUUACCUUAGUUACUGGGGGGUUUCGGGGAAGACCUAUGUGGGGCACCUUUUGGGUGUGGGACGCUCGUUUAACCUCUGUAUUCAUCUCGUUCCUUAUUUACCUGGGUGCAUUGUGUUUUCAAAAGCUUCCUGUCGAACCGGCUUCUAUUUCAAUCCGUGCUGGACCGAUGGAUAUACCAAUAAUCAAGUCUUCAGUCAACUGGUGGAAUACAUCGCACCAACCUGCGAGCAUUAGCCGAUCUGGUACAUCCAUACAUGUUCCUAUGCCCAUUCCGAUCUUGUCUAACUUUGCUAACUCCCCCUUCUCAACCCCUAUCUUGUUCGUUCUGGAAACACGUCUUCCUAUUCUAUCUUUUCCCGAAUCUUCUUUGACGGAAGAAAUAGAAGCUCGAGAAGGAAUACCAAAACCUAGUUCACUCGCUGAUUCUUUUUGCAUCUAUGGCUGAAUGGUUAAAGCGCCC